GAGCGCAGUGCGGCAGUCAGUCAGGGUGAGGGGGGCGCACCUGUCACUGGCUUCUCCGCCUGUCACAGCCGCCGCAACAACACUGUGAUGAUUUAUACCCGUGGGGGGGCCUUCGUCAACAUUCGUUCGAUCCCCGCAAGGUGUGCGGAGCGUGACCCGAGAGUGUUCUAGAUAUCAAAUGCAGGGGUCCUCCAUUCUGCGCGGAGGUGAUGUCGGUGAUACAGAAUAGGAGGAGCAAUAGUCCUGUACAUGUUAUUUGAUGCGUCCAUCAUUGUAUCAGUGCUGAGGACUGCUGUCAGCUCCUGGGAGUUAUGCACUCGUCUUUAAAUUUUUGACUACUGUCAUCUACACCACCCCAUGUUGCUACAAGAGACCAGCGCCGGUGACCUCCUGACACGGGCAGCAGCUCAGGGAGACCUUGAGGAGGUGAAAAGGCUGCUCCACCAGGAGAGGGUUCAUCCGGACUGUCUAAACCGCUUUGGAAAGACUGCCCUGCAGGUCAUGAUGUUCGGCAGUACGUUGGUGGCAUCGGAGCUUCUGAAACAGGGUGCCUCACCCAACAUCCAGGACUCAUAUGGCAUCUCCCCCACCCACGAUGCUGCACGCAUGGGUUUCCUAGACACCUUGCAGGUCCUGGUUCAAUACGGAGCCGAUGUCAAUGUUCCCGAUGCCUCUGGCUCUCUACCUGUCCACCUGGCUCUCCGUGAAGGUCAUAUUCCCGUCAUUGCCUACCUUGCCUCCCGUUCCAACUUGCAGCACCGUGAUCGAGAGGGGCGUACGCCUGCACAGCUGGCUUCCAUUCUAAAUCCAUCACUGGCAGCCAUGUUUGAAUUGCAUACGUAGAAAAAGCACCUUUUGAGGGUAUAGAACAGGCCACAUGAACAAUUGCUACAGGGCCUUAUAUCACAUAAUGCAGUAUGUUCAGUGUUGUGCAGCGGCUCUGCCUCAUUGUAUAGUGCGGUAAUCGUCUUAAUUUGCUGCGCAGAUCAACAAACAGCACCUGUUAUCUAUGUAGCAAUGUAGUACCCUGUGAAAUUCCAGCAAAACUGCCAGAUUAUCUUUUUUAAAUCAGCAAAAUUAUUAUUAUUUUUUUCAUUUAAAUUAUUACUGCCUUAAACCUGGUUUUGCCUUUUGACCCGCUUUAAAAAUUUGGGCAGACUCGCCGGAAUCUAAACGAUGCCUACAUCCCGCAGGUUAUUAUAUUUCCCCCAUAAUGUAGGCAGGUGAUGUAUCUGCAGUCAUUUGGCCUGAUUCAGAGUUGGACUUAGUUUUAUAACUUCCGAAAAAAAUGGCUUGGUGUUUUUUUGUUUUUUUUUACUGCGCAUGUGCCACGAUUUUCAUUGCAUAGAUUAAGACAGUGAUUGCGACCAUUUGUAGGAGAAAAUGGGACAGUUGCGUGUCUUGAUAAUUUUGAGGGGGUCACAGCCAGCACCACAUCUUCAAAUUAUUUCGCAGAGGUCCGAUUGUGCGACCGAUAUUCAUUUGCCCCUGUGUCUUUGUACACAAUGAGAAUUCGACGGUGGCCGUCACUGUACAAAAGAUGGAGCCUGUGACAUUUGCAUAUUUCCCAGGUACGCUGUGUACAAAGACUCAGCAGUAACACGAUUAUCAUCCAGCUCUGAAUCAGGCCAAUUAUGUGGGAGAAUGCAGCCAAUCGGAGCAUUGUGACCUCACUGUAGCAUGAAGUGAUGUCACUAGUUCCUAGUGAUUUGAUUGUCUGACUUAUUGUGUUAGCUCAAAAUAUGGCUGUAUCCACUAGGUCCAAUUCUAAUACUAUCCAUUCUUGUCAGAAUGUAUGCACUCAGAAGGUGACAGUGCAAGUGUACAAUUCCUUGUAUAUAUUUGUAUAUAAUGUUUGUAUGGCCAUUUAUCUGUAGGUGUUAUGUCUUUAUUUUAAUACUCAGGUAAUGUCUAAAUGUGUAUUUUAACCAUUUUUGUUUUCGUUAUUACAAGUACUACAUCUCUUCCUAUGCAAGUGCAUUAAAAGUGAAGUUACCUAAACAUAACUAAAUAUUUCUCUCCACGUAAAAGGACUGUAUAUAGGACUGUAAUGCAGUCCUAACUUCAUGUUUCUCUUUUUUAACAAUAUUUAAAACUGGUUUUAAAACUGCGAUAGAAAACAAAGAAUUUCUCAUUUCAGUCCUCCUACUAAAUGCCAUUCUGAGAUUCGCUUACACAGAUAAACUCCACAGAGAUACCAGCGUGGGAGGGCGAGAAUAUGUCCAGAUUACUUGUACAGUGUUCUUGGACAAUAAGAAUUCAGGGAGUGAUGACCCCACUGGUAAAUAACGUAACCCUCUGUGUGCUAGACAAAAACCUGUAUUCUAGUAAGUGGAAUCUUGUAGCUAGCAAUAUGAAAUGACAGGUGUCAUGGUGACCCUCUUUCUAUCUCUAAGUUUUAGAUGUUCAUUUAAUUCCUAUUGCACUUUAAAAGAAUACUGCAUAAAGUGGAGGGGGGUGGGGUACUAUUUUACAUGCGGGAUACUUACUGUAUAUAUUUAUACUUCAGUUCUAUAUAUAUAUAUUUUUUUUUUUUUGGUCUCUUGCUGGUAUUGCUUUUCCGAUGCUAGUGGCUUUCUAUGCAAAUGAGGAAAGCGCGUUGAUAGUAUUCUGAAAGGAACACAUUCCCUACUGCUGCAUCUCCAGGGCGAGGGUACACGUGGCUACUGAAGCCAUUCUUGUCUGUUUAGUAACAUAGUUAUACAUGUUAAUUUGAUAUUUUUAGAGCACACUUAUGGGUAAACUUAUUAAAACUUCUAAAACAGAAAAAUGGAGGGUUGUCCAUAGCAACCUAUCACAUUCUAACUUACAUUUGUCUAGUCUAGUACAUUCUAGGACAGUAAUAGUUAGAAUCUCAAUGGUUGCUAUAGGAAACCCUACAAUAAGAAACUAGAACGUUCUAGAUAAAUGUUAUAAUUUGAUUGGUUACUAUGAGCGUGUCGCUCCCCUUUUCCUUUUCUAGAAGGGUUUAGUGAACCUUGGGUUUUUAAUAUGUUGGUGCAAUAUGUGCAAAUGUCAUAUAACAUACAGCACCUAAUAAGAAGUUUGUUUACAUUUUCCAACCUGGGAUUUGUAUUAUCUGGUUGCUAAGAGUUACUAUACAUUUGUGCCCAUUGGGAAAGCUGUUUCAUUAUUCACUGCUUCUACGGACAUAACCAAUAUGAAAUGUAUUAAUUUAUUUCCCUCUAUUAUACAAAACUCUCCGUGACCGCUUCUGUGUCCCGGUUGAAAUUGUACAGGACAUAACUGUUUACGCAAGCUCCAAGGGCCGCACACAACACAAGCUGUAUUUUAUGAAUUUUAACUAUUUUUAACUUUAAAAUAUGAAUUUUUCACCCCUAAAUCUUACUGCAAAGUUAUUUGUGUUUUUUUUUUUUUUUUGUUUUUUUUAAAGAAAAUAAUAAUUUUAUUUAUUAAACACUUGAAGGACUUGUUAUCCAUGUAAUGUUGUUAUGUUUUUAACUAUUAAAUUAAUUGAUGUGAACUAGACCAUUUUUUGCUUGGUGUUUUUAGAAUUAAAAAGCAGCCUAUGAUAGUCUUGUACUGUUGUUUUGUGGGUUUUUGCCCCCUAAUUAAGUGUUAACUUUACCAGAGGUUUAAACACUAAUAAAAUAAAUAGUAGAAAAA